AUAGGCUACUUGUGUUUGGUUCAUUUGGUGUCAAGCGGUCUACUCACUCUAUUCUUCUUUUGACGACACUUCCAACCUGCAGGCAGAAAGAAAGCACAAACCCAAUUCAUGAUGGCAUGAUAUAUUCGGAGCUGCGACAUCGAAUCGCCAAAUGAGAAUUCGGAACGAACUUCCCCAGCGUUCUAUUUGCAGCACGCGCCGGCUGACGUAGGUGAGCAGCGCGCGCGUCCCGCUCCCUUGAGAAAAAAAAGAGCGUGAACGCGCCUCUAUCCUCCUCGCUGCUACAGUGAAUGCGGGCAUCCAGACGCCUGACUGAGUGCGGCUGUUCUUUACCGAGAGCUCGGAUGCCAGUGCAUGGAAAGGGUUCUGUCGAAGCCGAAAGGUAGAGAAGGCAAAUAUAUCUUCACACGAACGUUCAGUGUAAGUGAUGCUACUGCAAGUUGAAGUCCUGGAAGUAAAACCGCAGCAGAUUGGGAAUAAACGGAUAGAUCGGCGUUCCCCGUUGCAGAGCGCACUCAGUGCGUUUGGAAUACAGAGACGCAGCGUGGAAUUACUGGAGCCCUCAGUUUGUGAACUAAAGUCCAUUCGUUUUCUACCGCAUUUUAUUUUUUUAUGGUAUUUUUCUUGUUUCCCUUCUUUAUUUUCGCUACUUUUUUCUUUGAUUCGGUUCGUCAUUUCUCCCCUUCUGUUCUAAUGUCAUUUAGUAGCAUAUCAGCCCUUUUCAGUUUUUUUAUUUCCUCAUCCUCCGAAGAUACUCGGAUUCGUUUUUGCGAGGGUAGAUUGUGGUAAAAAGAUACUCAAUCUCAAACUGAGUCGUGUCAUGGAUGGCAAAUUGUAUUUGCAUCUACGGAACAAAUCGGGGAAUAUAGAAUAACUACUGCUGACAGAGACAAGGACAAAUGACAUAGGAUGAACACUGCUGGUCAUCUCUGUCUGUCUGUGCUGUCAUCCCUUUUUGCACUGUCCUGGGCCGUGGAGCCGCUGGGUCAGGCUGCCCCCUGCUCCUCUCUGGUGACUGGGGUCUUAUACUGCUCCUUUUCGCUCAGGGACCUCUUUCCCAGGCCGUCGGCUCUGACAUCUGGAUGCUCAUGGACUGUGGAGAACCCUGACCCCACCAAGUACUCGCUCUAUUUCCGCUUCAAUCGCCAUGCCGGCGCGUGUUUAGCUUUUUCCCCGCUGGUGCUGCCUCUGGACCACUACCUCUCAAACCAGACCUGUGGCCCCCCAGACCAGCCCACCUUCCCCUCGAAUCCUGAAGCUGUUGAGCUUUGCAUGGUCCCAGGACCCCACACCUUCCUGCAGUUCGAUAAGAACUUUGUGCAGCUGUGCCUGACCACUCAUCCCAACAAAGACGGUGAAAACGGAGAUGGGACGUCCGAGGGCCAAGUCCCCUUGUCGGCAGAGACUCUGGACUUCCGGCUCGUAGAGGUUCUGCUCAUUAAUAAUGAGAAUUCAAGUCAGUUUACGUGUGGAGUCCUGUGCCGAUGGUUUGAGGAGUGCUUGCAUGUUGGCUCAGGCUGGGAAACCGAGAGCUGCAGUAUAACCCAGACAGGAUGUGUUUGUCCCAACACGGCCUCUCCGGUCUCCCUGCUGCCCACUGCGCCCCAUAACCACUCUUUAGACCCCAGCGUGAGUGUGUUGCAGUCCCCACCCGACGACUGUUGUGUCACACAGCUGCAUUCAAAGAAUGGCAUCGCUAUAGCACCCAGAGAUGUCCGGCAAGAACCUGAUGAUGAUGAGCAGAAGGUGAAGACACAAAGGCCACGAUCAGCUGACCAGCCGGGUGUGUUUCAGGCCCAGACAGGUGACCCAGCAGCGGAGGAGUGGUCUCAGUGGAGUGUGUGUUCACUGACAUGUGGGCAGGGUUGGCAAGUUCGUUCUCGCUCAUGUGUAUCCUCUCCAUACGGGACCCUCUGCAGCGGCCCGCUGAGGGAAACCCGACUCUGCAACAACACUGCCACCUGCCCAGUGCAUGGGCUGUGGGAGGAUUGGUCUUCAUGGAGCCUGUGUUCAGUCACGUGUGGCCGUGGCACUCGGACCCGGAGCAGGAUCUGUGUGCUCCCCCAGCAUGGAAGCAAGGGCUGUGGAGGGCCCGAGGUGCAAACCAAACUCUGCAAUAUAGCUGUGUGCCCCGUGGAGGGCCAGUGGUUGGACUGGGCGGCCUGGUCGCAGUGCUCUGUUUCCUGCGGCUCUGGAACUCAGCAGAGGCAGCGGCGCUGCAGCGUUUCAGUUCAUGGCUGGGCGGAGUGUAAGGGGCCACAUGCAGAAACUCGUGAGUGCACCAAUCCGUCCUGUGGGGGUGGAGGGAACUGGGGUGCUUGGAAUCACUGGAGCUUGUGCUCCAAGACCUGUGACUCAGGUUGGCAGCGGCGGUUCCGUAUGUGUGAAGGCACAGGAAUCCAGGGUUACCCUUGCGAUGGCUCUGGAGAGGAAGUGCGCUCAUGUAAUGACAAGAAGUGCCCAGCACCUCAUGAAAUAUGUAAAGAUGAAUACCAAUUAGCCAUGGCGUGGAAGAGAGCCUCAGUCGGAGAGACGGUAUACAAUAAGUGUCCAUCUAAUGCCACUGGAUCUGCUAGUCGUCGUUGUUUGCUGGACGCUAAUGGAGUUGCUUACUGGGGUCUUCCGAGCUUCGCCCGAUGUGUCUCACUUGAAUAUAGAUAUUUACAUUUAUCUUUGCGAGAACAUCUUGCGAAGGGUCAGAGGACCCUGGCAGGGGAGGGCAUGUCUCAGAUCGUGAGGAGUCUCCUGGAGUUAAUGUCCCGUAAGAAUUAUUAUAGCGGCGACCUCUUAUUCUCCGUGGAGAUUCUCCGAAAUGUGACGGACACCUUCAAGAGAGCAACCUACAUCCCAGCUCCUGACGACGUGCAGAAAUUCUUCCAGAUUGUCAGCUUAAUGUUGGACAUUGAAAACCUUGAGAAGUGGGAAGACGCUCAUCAGGUCUCUCCGGGUUCUAUGUUACUGAUGCAAGUUGUGGAAGAUUUCAUUCAUCUAAUUGGAGAGGCUCAAAAGCCGUUCCAGAGCUUUCUGGUUGUCACCAACAACCUCAUAAUCACCAUCCAGCGAGAACCGGUUUCGGCUGUUUCCAGUGACAUAAAUUUCCCCAUGAAGGGGAGGAGAGGGAUGAAAGACUGGGCACGUUCUGCAGAUGACAAACUCUUCAUCCCCAAAGAAGUCUUCACCCUGUCUUCUGAUGAAUCAGACGACACACCGUAUUUUGUCAUUGGAGCGAUCCUGUACCGCACCCUCGGCCUCAUAAUGCCCCCACCAAAAGAUCCAUUCGUGAUCAGCUCGAAGAUUCUGACUGUGACGGUGCGUCCCUUACCCAAGCCCACCGAGCCCUUGGUAUCAGUGGAACUCGCCCCUUUGCUCAAUGGCACAACGGAUCCUCAGUGUGUUGUCUGGGACUACGGAAACCCAGAGGCUGGCGAAGAAAACUGGGACGCAGAGAGCUGCCAAACGCUCCCAUCGCCGGCAGUCUCCCACACCAAAUGUCUGUGCAGCAAGCUGUCCACCUUUGCAGUGUUAGCGCAGAAAGCUAAAGAACCGGGUAUGGGGCCCUCCAGUAUGCCGUCUGUGCCCCUCAUGGUGGGAUGUGGCAUAUCCUGUACAGCUCUACUCAUUCUGCUGCUCAUCUACGCUGCCUUUUGGAGGUACAUACGUUCAGAGAGGUCCAUCAUCUUGGUGAACUUCUGUCUGUCCAUACUGGCCUCCAAUGUGCUGAUACUGGUGGGACAGUCCCAAACUCUCAGUAAGGGACUGUGCACUGUUACUGCUGCCUUUUUGCACUUCUUCUUUCUGGCCUCUUUCUGCUGGGUACUGACAGAGGCAUGGCAGUCCUACCUGGCUGUGAUUGGCAAGAUGAGGUCCCGCCUCAUUCGCAAGCGUUUCCUGUGCCUGGGCUGGGGUCUUCCAGCCCUUGUGGUCGCUGUAUCUGUGGGUUUUACCCGGGCCAGAGGUUACGGCACGCCAAGUUAUUGUUGGUUGUCUCUGGAAGGAGGGCUGCUGUAUGCAUUUGUCGGCCCCGCUGCUGUCAUUGUACUGGUGAACAUGCUGAUUGGGAUAGUGGUCUUCAACAAGCUCAUGUCUAGAGAUGGUAUCUCAGACAAGUCCAAAAAGCAGAGAGCAGGUCCGCCGUUGGAAGCGCGUAACAGGCUGCUCCUGAAAUGCUCCAAGUGCGGCGUGAUCUCCAGUACUGCCCUGUCCAGCUCUACCGCCAGCAGCGCCAUGGCGUCGUUAUGGAGCUCUUGUGUGGUUCUCCCUCUGUUGGCACUCACAUGGAUGUCAGCUGUGCUGGCCAUCACAGACCGCCGAUCAACCCUCUUCCAGGUGCUCUUUGCUGUCUUUGACUCAGUCCAGGGAUUCGUCAUCAUCACAGUGCACUGUGCCAUGCGCCGAGAGGUACAGGACGCAGUGCGCUGCAGGAUGGGUGGGUGCAAAGAUGACAGUGAAAACUCUCCGGACUCCUGCAAGAACGGCCAGGUGCAGAUCAUGACGGACUUUGAAAAAGAUGUGGACUUAGCGUGUCAAACAGAAAGAGGACAUCCAUUCAUUUUUAAGGAGGUAAACACCUGUAACCCUGCUACCAUAACUGGCACUCUAUCCCGCAUCUCCCUGGACGACGAGGAUGACCCAAAGUUGUCAGCUCACCAGGAAGGCGUUAAUUUCAGCAGCCUGCCUGGGAACAUCCCACCUCCUAAUCUCCUGGUGCAGGUACCUCCUUUGGGUCCGUUGAAUGAGCUAAGCGAGCAGCCACUAAAGAAGGAGGUUAAUGUGGAGCAGCAAGGUCAGCAUCAACGAUCUGGACCCAUCUACCUGUGCACUGAGAGCGGGCUGGGUUGGCCCCGACCAAACCCUUCUUCCACCCAGGAUUCAGCUGGUGGUGUUGGUGGGGAAGGGGACUACAUGGUGUUGCCACGUCGGACAGUCAGUCUCAAGCCCCCUCCUCCAAACCAGGAUGAGGGGAAGCCCCUGAACAUUACAGUAGAUGACCCUCCCUUUCCUCCACCCCCAUCACCCAUGACUCUGCAUCCAGCAGAGAGUGAGGCAUACCCUGCAGACUUUGCAACUGUGGACCACAUAAGCAUGAACCUAAACCGCUCCUAUGGCACACUCAAACAGUUGCCAGCCCACACCGGGCACACGCAUUCCCACACCAACACCCACACCAUGCAGGUCAAGCAGAAUCGUCCCUCUGUCCGGCAGAUCCUCACCUCAGGGACAGUGGAGCGCACCAGAACCCUUCCCCGCAACCUGGGCAGCACCAACACCAGCCUCUUGGCUGGAUCUUUGGAAAGGAAAAGAGUACGGUACUCUGAGCUGGACUUUGAGAAAGUGAUGCACACUCGUAAAAGACACUCAGAGCUCUACCAUGAACUCAACCACUCCACCAAGUUCCACACCAUAGACAGGUAUAACAGGGACCCUGCCAUGUCCUCCUUUAAGUUUGACUGUAGCCAGGCAGUCAGCAGACCCAAGGGGCGACAAACAGAGAAAAGAGGGAAAAGCGAUGGAGCAUUUCGUCUGCCGGAGGUGAAAAGAAUUCUUCGAGUGACAAGUCCACCACAGAUGACCAGCGAUCCUGGGACAGCUUUAAGACCAUGAUCCCUGAGCAGACAUGUGGCUCCAGUGAACAUAAGGACAGACUGGAGUUACGCAGUAAACCCUGGGACACAUCCUCUGCCAACACACCUGACACAUCCGAAGGAGACUUCCAGACUGAAGUGUGAAGAGAACACACACCUACAGCAAACUGAGAGACAACUAAAUCCUCUUACGUACUCGUGCUGUCAGUGAUCUUCAGCAAGACGUGUUCUAAAGGAUUCUGUACUUGUUUACAGGUGUGAGGACAGACCAGAGAUGAAGAGUGCUCUAUUCUAUAUUUUCACACAGAGACAUUAAAUGAAAGCGUGGGGCCAGGAGAGUAUGGUAAAAAAAAAAAAAAAAAAAAAAAAAAAAAAAAAACUGUUUCUGAAAUGUCUUGAUUUUACUCCAGAAAGGAUCCUCUUUCUCCUGUUUGAUGAUUUGGGAAUUUAAAUGCACCCUUUUUUUUAUAGAGAAAAAAAAAAUCAGUACUGAUGAUUCGCACACAGUUUAAUGACCCCUUAGGGUUUUUUUCCUCCUUUCUGUCUUCUCAUUCCUUGGAUGAUUCAAGUUCAGUUUCCCUUUUUCUUGCUUUGGUUUUCGAGGAAGAGGGAAGGGAAGUUUUGCAAGUAUUCAUUAAUAUGUGCCAUCCUAUGCUUUUUUUCCCCUCUGCAUCAGAUUUACUGUACUUUUUUUCCUUUUAGAAUGCU